AUGGCUACGAAUCGGCCAGCCGGUCCUUCGAACAACCGAAGGGGCGAUGAAAUCGAUGAUAAUGCUCGAAUCUUUAUCGAAUUUAUUGAAGAUGAUACGCGUAAACCGAAUUAUAGCGAACUAGUGAAAAGCAUGCUUGAGAAAGGCGAGCGCCGCUUGGUCGUCAAUGUCGAUGACCUGAGAGACUAUAACCGCAAGUUUUGCGAUCUUCUUUUGAAGGAACCUAUCGAAUAUCUCAAUGCCUUCGACGUGGCGCUCAAUAGUAUUGUUAAGACACUCGAUUACUCUCCAGAACAGAAUGAACAAAAGUAUUACAUCGGCUUACGGGGCUCGUUUGGUGAUCAUCAUGUCAACCCUCGCACAUUACGAAGUCACAUGAUUGGCAAAAUUAUCUCCUUGGAAGGCAUUGUCACGCGUUGUAGUCUUGUGCGUCCGAAAGUAAUCAAGAGUGUCCAUUACUGUCAUGCCACAAAUGUCUUUCAUGGACGUGAAUAUCGCGACCAACUUAGUAGUGGAACAGGAGACACAAGCAAUUCACUCUAUCCGCAAGAAGAUGCGGACGGGAAUACUUUACAGACGGAAUACGGGCUUUCAACUUAUAUGGAUCAUCAAACGAUCGCCAUUCAGGAAAUGCCUGAACGUGCACCUGCCGGGCAGCUACCUCGCAGCGUUGAAGUGGUCAUGGACGAUGACUUGGUCGAUCGAUGCAAGCCUGGUGACCGUGUUCAGAUAGUGGGGAUGUAUAGAAGUCUCGGGAGCAAGGGAGCUGGCGGAGGGAGUGCUACAUUCAAAACCCUCAUAGUGACCAACAACAUCGUUCUUUUGUCCUCAAAAGCUGGUGGAGGAAUUGCACAAGCUCAACUCACCGAGAUGGACAUGCGAAACAUCAAAAAGAUCGCAAAGAGGCGAAACGUGAUCAAAUUACUGGCGGAAUCGUUGGCUCCGUCGAUCUUCGGUCACGAACAUAUCAAGAAGGCCGUUUUGCUUUUCCUUCUCGGGGGUAUGGAGAAGAACUUGACAAACGGGACCCACAUCAGAGGUGAUAUCAACAUGUUGAUGGUAGGAGACCCCUCAACAGCCAAGUCGCAGAUGUUGCGAUUUGUGCUCAACACCGCUCCUCUAGCUAUUGCCACGACUGGCCGUGGAUCGUCUGGAGUUGGUCUUACAGCCGCUGUCACCACUGACAAGGAAACAGGUGAACGUCGACUGGAGGCAGGGGCCAUGGUCCUGGCAGAUCGCGGGGUGGUUUGUAUUGAUGAAUUUGACAAAAUGUCAGAUGUUGAUCGGGUAGCAAUCCAUGAAGUUAUGGAGCAGCAAACGGUCACAAUAGCCAAAGCUGGGAUUCACACCUCUCUUAACGCGCGUUGCUCAGUAAUCGCUGCUGCCAAUCCUAUCUAUGGACAAUACGACGUUCACAAAGAUCCCCAUCGGAACAUCGCACUUCCUGAUUCAUUACUGUCUCGAUUUGAUCUUCUGUUCAUCGUAACAGAUGAUACAGACGAAGAACGGGAUCGUCAUAUAUCUGAGCAUGUCUUACGUAUGCAUCGUUAUCUUCAACCCGGUGUCGAGGAAGGAACACCGGCAGUCGACAGUCUAGAACAAAAUCUUUCAGUUGGCGUCGGGCCUGAUUCCAACGACCAUGGAUCUGUGAAGGAGACCGUUGUUUUUGAGAAGUUCAAUCCAUUACUACAUGCAGGCGUCACAGGAGACGACCAACGCCGGAAAGAAGUGUUAUCCAUCGCAUUUGUGAAGAAAUUCAUCCAAUACGCCAAAAACACGUGUAAGCCCAGCCUUUCACAAGAUGCAGUCGACUACAUCGUCAAUGCGUAUUCCUCUCUACGUAAUGACGACUUGCAAUCAAAUCAGAAAAAGACUUCUCCAUUGACGGCCCGUACCUUAGAAACUCUGAUCCGUCUAGCUACUGCACAUGCUAAAGCAAGGCUAUCCAACUCUAUAAGUGUUGCAGAUGCUGAAGGUGCUGAAGCGAUUCUCAGGUUUGCCUUAUUCAAAGAAGUACUCAAAAGUACUCGAGCUACCAGCUCCAAGAGGCGUAAAACCAACAAGGCAAAAGGAACACCUGUUGAUGAUGAAACGGAUGAAGAGGAUGAAGAUGCAGAUGCGGAUGGUAGUGACGAAGAGCCCAAUACUAACACUGCGAAAGCGUCACAAACCCCUUCAACGUCUCGACAUGCAACCCGUGCUCGUGCGCAAAAAGGGACUCAAGCAACUACUCACUCCAUUGCAGAUCAAACUCAAAGCUUAUCUCAACUUAAUCUCACCGGUGAUCACCAUCAAGAUACGAUGAAUUUGGAUACCGACGUGACUGGAACGGUUGGGAAUGAAACACAGAAUCUUUCAUCUUCAGCUCCUGUAACGGAGCCAUCGUCAAAUAAUAUAGCUGAUGGUCCCAUUACGAUCGAAAGGUUUGUCUGUCUUCUCAGUUCGAUGAAUUAUGCUUUGCUUUGUGAAAGUUGUCAUCAAUUAUACCUGACUACUAUCUCGCUCAAUUUUUUUCAUCAUCAUUAG